GUUGCUUAAUUUGGGGGUGGGUGGGAAAGGGAAGAGAGGGAGAAGACGAGGGAAGAAGUGGGGGGUGGUGGAAAAAAGAAAGAGAGCCAUGUCUGUGGAAGAAGUUAAAGAAGCGCCGUUAGAACAGGAGCCUCAGCAGGCAACCAAAGAGCUGGAGCCAGUGGUUACAUACAAAGCCAUUGUGCUGACUGGCUUCGGAGGCUAUGAUAAAUUAAAAGUGGAGCUCAAGAAGGAUACCCCGAUUCCGAAAUCAGGCGAAAUUCUAGUCCGAGUCAAGGCUUGUGGCUUGAAUUUCGCUGACUUGAUGGCUAGGCAGGGUCUCUACGAUAGACUGCCGGCUUCACCGCCACUCGUCCCAGGCAUGGAGUGUUCUGGGCUGGUGGAAGCGGUCGGGGACGAUGUGACCGACAGAAAGGUUGGUGACAGUGUAAUUGUAAUGAACAGAGCAGGAUUGUGGUCAGAAUUGGUUGUGAUUCCGGCUAGUAAUACCUUCCUGAUGCCUGACGGGAUGAGUUUUGAAGAGGCUGCAGCCAUUCCAGCCAAUUAUGUUACUGCAUAUAUGAUGAUCUAUGACUUUGCAAAUCUGCGCCCAAAUCAGAGCAUUCUCAUCCACAUGGCAGCUGGUGGUGUGGGGACUGCUGCAACGCAACUGUGUAAAAUAGUUAAAGAUGUGACUAUUUUUGGAACUGCUUCGGCAGCUAAACAUGAAGUCAUCAAAGAACAGGGUGUGACUCAUCCAAUCGACUACUCUACCUUGGACUAUGCUGAUGAAGUUAGAAAGAUUUCCCCAAAUGGUGUUGACAUUGUUUUGGAUCCCCUGGGUGGAAGUGACACAACUAAAGGCUUUAAUCUGCUCAAACCAAUGGGAAAAAUCGUAUUAUAUGGUGCAGCAAAUCUUCUGACUGGACCAAAACGGAAUCCAUUAGCCAUAGCAAAGUUGUGGUGGAAUAAGUUCACCAUUAAUAGCUUGCAGCUGUUGCAUUCCAACAAAGCUGUGUGCGGCUAUCAUCUGGGUUACCUGCAGAUUGACCAGAUUCAGGAUGCUGUCACCAAGCUGCUUUCUCUGUACAAAGAAGGGAAAAUCAAACCUCGAAUAGACUCUGUGUGGUCAUUUGAACAGAUUGGAGACGCUAUGAGGCAAAUGCAGGAACGCAGAAACAUUGGGAAAGUUAUUCUGGUCCCAGAAGCAAAGAAGGCUGAAAAUUAGUCUGACUCUAUUUCCAAUAGAAGGCAGGGAAUAACAUUUGUAAAUUUAGCUCAAAGUGCUAACCUUUUAUGACCUGAAGAUGGACAGAUGACUAAUUUAAGCUUGAAGCAGGGAAGCAAAUCUUGACUGAUCCUGUAAUCAGGUGCAUUUUAGUUCUGGUUUGCUGCUUACAAGUUACCAUCCUGUUAAUGGGCCUAUCACACAACCUUUAUCCUCUUUGUUUUCUCUCCCUCAAUCUCCAAUAGUACAACACUUUUUUAAAAAAAAAUUGAACAUCUACAGCUGACAGCCUGACACAGUUCUGCGUUGGCACCCCUUUUUCUCAAAUGACUCAAAACUACUGUGAUUAUAAUCCAUCCAUGUAGAUCAAAGAUUCAAAAUGUUGAACAAUUGUGUUGAAUCUUCCAAACUGAGUCACAAAUUGACCUUGUUGUGGGCAGCACGGAAUUGUAAAAUUAUUGUGAAACUUGAUUGGCUUUCACUGUACAUCUACACCACUGAUGCCUGACUUUCAGGAACUGCUGAAUGUGUGAUCUGUGCAGUAAAUGCACCUCCCCUUUUUGAUUCAAUUAUUUGUCCACCCUAUUGAAUUCCAUCUGUCCAUGUAGAAAACCUUAAAGGGUUAGUACUAAAUGGUUCACAUUAGAGAUAAGAGCUGUUUGAUCAAUUUGAACCUGUGGAGUGUGUUAGCUGUAUGUGGGUUUUAAGGACUCCUUUUAUUUCAACUAUCAGUUCUAGCUGGGGCUAUACACCGAUCCAGGCUACUUAAUUGGCAAUGGUCCAGACCAGUAAAUAACAAAUUGUCACCCAAAAACAUCACCAAGUGACAUUUAGUUUUCAUACAGUAACCACUAACUACUUCAUUGGAUUCUGAUCCUACUCCAUGUUUGAUAAUUAUGACUCUUGAUUUGGAACUGUUUGAGCCUUUUGAUAUACUGUACCACUUAAUUUACAGUGCCACUCAAUUUCUUCCAAUAACCAGCUGAAACUAGUCUCUUGUUUCUAUUAUUGACCUUUUUUU